CCAAUCUCAACGUGAUCCUUCCCUUACCAACACAAACCUCACGAAUCGUAACACCUCAUCCAAGCCAAAGAGCACUAAUAACACCGUCAACGGCGUAAACGGUGAAAGUCUUAGAGAUACAUCGGUCAACGUAGCAUCCGCAUUCACACAAGCUGUACAAUCCUUCGCCAUGAGCGGAAACCCAACCACAAACGGCUACACCACGGGCAAUCGGAAUGGCGUUUAUGAGUCGUCUAGUUCUCGCGGACUUGGCGCUCCACCACCUAGCAGGGCUAGAAAACCCGUCUCUUCGAGACGAGGAAGGGCAGGAGAAGAGUCUGACGAGGAUGUAGACACCGCUCGUCUGCGAGGGAAGAGUCCCCUGUUGGAGGCUGCCUCUAGCUUUGUCCGUGCUCUUUCCCCUGGUGGAUCUCUCUACUUGCGCCAACGAGCAAAUGGUGCCGAAGAAGAUGGAUCCUACCCAUCUCUUACUGGUGCAUUCGCCAGUAUGAACCCUCCUAUGUCCUCUCAGGGUAGCACGCGACUAGCCCCUACCCAGAGCCAAACCUCGCAUGGAAAUAUGUCCUCUGAUUAUAAUUAUUCGCGCGAAGAAUCGUUUGUAAACAAAAUGGAUCCACCAGCCAAACCUGCAAGCGCUAUGGGUGGUCUCAAGAAGCGUAUCCCACGACAAUCGGGUGCCAUUUCACUAGAUAAACAGGCAUACAAACCGCCU